CCGGAGAGCGCUGUCACUGCGCCAAUCUGGUACCGGGCAUUGGUUUAUCAACGGGCCUUUUCGACAAUGGUUUUCUGGGGCGGACGGGUUGAGAUUCCUCUAUCUCCAAGGUAGAUGUGAGUUCUCAUCCUAGCUACAACUGCAAGAUUCUGUAGUAAGACGCAAGCUUUACAGCUGGAUCGGGGAAAACUGUCCUCUGUGCGACAGCUAUUGAAGAGGCGCAGAAGGUUGCCAGAACCAUGAAACAAACUCAAGUUCACCUCAUAUACUUCUAUUGCUCAUUCCAGCUUGGUGCAUCCCAAAGCCUACAAAAUUUGCUAGGAGCCCUUUUGGCUCAACUUUCUUACGCCCUUCCCGAGAUUUCUGCGGACUUGAAGACUUGUUUCGAAAGAAGAUCCCCUCCUACCCCCGAUAGCCUUAUUCAACUACUUCUAAAAUACGGCUCUCGGGUACAGAAGCUGUACAUCAUCGUUGACGCUAUCAAUGAGAGUGACGAGGCUGAUGACAUCCUUAAAUCACUGAUGGCCAUCCUGGAAGCCUCAGAGAAUGUGUACGUUAUGACUACUUGCACGAGUCCUCCAAGCACACAGUGCAAAGUUCGAUACCUGAAGGAGACAAUGAAGCCGUCAUCAAACAAAUACGACAUUCAAGCAUUUGUGAACUUGCAGUUGGAGCUGCAGCCAGCUCUCCGUCGCCUGCCAUCGCAGACAAAGGUCCACAUAAGCAACUUGCUCUCCUCCAAAGCAGAUGGAAUGUUUCGGUAUGUGCGAUGCCAAAUAGACCUCCUUAGCGCCCAGAAAACGGGUCGAGGCGUUCUCCGAGCGCUCGAGGUAAUGCCAGAAGACUUGAAUGGCACCUAUGAAGUUAUUCUGGGUAGGGUCUCGACCCAUGAUCGAGACCUUGCCAGAGAAGCGCUCCUCUGGCUUACAUUUAGUCGACAGGCGCUUACUUUACCAGCGUUGAAUGAGGCACUGGUUUUGGAAAAAGGCGAUAAGUAUAUCGACGACGAAUACAGACUCAUCAAUCCCGAUAUCGUUCUUGAGAUUUGCCAGGGCCUGGUGGUUUUGACGAGACUAACUCAGUUGUGACUCUGGCCCAUUCUUCUGUCAAGGCAUUUCUAACCUCCGAUGCCAUUAAACACGGACCCGCGGCGUUUUUCGCAUUGGAGGAGAC